CACAAGGUUGGCGGUUUGAAUCCACCAAGCUCCUGGAAGGGCAAAAGAUGUGACAGCCCGACUCAAAAUCCACAGCCUUGAAAAGCCUUUGAGGCAGUUCCAGCCUGUGCGGUAGGGCCAUGGUGAGGCUGCAUCGGCUUUGGGUCGGUGUUGUAUUCGCAAGAUCUGUGACUUUUCUCUCCCAUCGGCUGAAACUUUGUUGCAAAAGCCACAGUGGUUACAAAAGAGGACUAAAACCCCUUAGCGUCUCAAGGCAAAAUCAUUGUAGGGUGAAGAAACCUCUCUUACUACUUAGCUGCUGUCUCCCCUUGGGAGUUUAUCCGUUUCGAUGAUGUUUCAGUUAUAGCAAUGUUUGUUUAGGAGGACCCACAAAGAGGAUGGUAAUUUGGGGGUCCCCAGGGAAAGGCAGUGAAAGACUCUCUUUCGAGGGAGUCUGAAGCUGAGGAGUGUCUGCAGCUGUUCUGUGUGUCGGGAAGAAGUGGGAGAUGUGUUCGUAGAAAGAUGUCCGUUGAAUUUCUGAUGGUGGUGUCUUCUGUCUUGGCCUCAGGUGACAAUGUCGGUUCCAGGACCCUACCAGGCGGCUGUCGGCCCUUCCUCGGUGCCCAGCGCACCCCCGACCUACGAAGAGACGGUCAGCAGCCACUACCCUCCGCCUCCAAUGCCCAUGCCUGGGCCCACCACGGGACUCGUGACCGGCCCCGAUGGGAAGGGCAUGAACCCUCCAAGAGCCUUUCCUCAAAUAGGGUCAUCUUCCCAGGUUCUAGGAGUUAGGGGGUGGGCAUCCUGGCUAGUCGCCCUGGCGCAGUCAAUAAUGUGGCUGAGGUGUGGCUUUCUUGUCCCCUCCAGGUGUGUGUUGGGCUGCUGCUUCAUCCCCUUCUGCGUGGAUGCCCUGCAGGACGUGGACCACUACUGCCCAAACUGCAAAGCUCUGCUGGGCACCUACAAGCGUUUGUAGAACUCGGACGGACGUCGAGGGAGCCGUGCCCCGCAGGACGUCCCCUCCGGCCCUCGCCCAGCCCCACCGUGGCGGAGGCUCCGCCUUGGUGGUCUUUUCUCUCCAGGAGCCCAUCAUCAAAAGUCACAAACUUCUCAGCCCAGACUUUGCUGCUUAGAGAUGCACAGGACACGCAAUGAUGUUCCGGCAAGCGCCAGCCCAGGGCCUUCUGCCCCCCUGAGACCCCAGCUCACCCCUUCUAACUGGGGUGGUUGCCUGGUCUGAAUACCUUCCGGGGGUCCAACAUGGGCCGGCCCCUUUCCCUGCCUCCGUGAGUCCUUCUGGUGGUGGUCUCAGGCUGAGAAGCCAUGGGUUGCCUUAUUUUCUAGACUGUUCUGGCCUGGACGGGGUGGAACUCGCCCGAGUGUCCACCAGCUUCAUCUGCUCCGUCCACCCACCCUGGGGACACAAAUCUUGCCUUAGAGCCUUCAGGGCUUGUCUCUGACAUGGCAGUUGCUGACUUUUCAGUAGCACACAACUUCACUUUAAUUCCUUUCAUCCCUCUUUUAAAAAUCAUUGCCAGGAGGCAUUACUCCCACCCACCAGGCACUCGGCCUUGGGGAGCAGAGCUGGCUUCUUCCCUCGGGCCUGCCUUCCCCUGACCCUCAGCACCAGAUCCUCCAUGCCACUGUCCAUACGCCCAGCCCCUCACCCCCACCCCCCCACAGCAGUGGUUGGCAUGACAGGGCCCGUGACAGGCGGGAUGGUACAGAAUCACUUCUUCACCAGCGGCCAGUAGCAUUUUUGCAUCUGCUGAGGUACUCUCACUUUGUCUUUUUCUUUUUUUAGACAGAAAAAGGAAAUGAGUCAUUUUACCGGCUGCAUUUAAUUGGGUGUGCUUAACUCUCAUGGUGGGGCCCUCAGGGUCCUGGUGGUGUGUUUGCAAAGCCCGGUGAGCUGUGCCCGGGCCGGUGGUCCGAGGACUGGGGCGCUGGCCCGCUCCAGGGAGUCUGAGGGCCGGCCUCGGCCGGCCGCUGUGACGUCAUCUGAGACGUGAAGACAGCCACUCCCCAGCGCCCUGUGAAGAGUGAAUCAUUGCAGGCGCUCCUUACAUAGAAAUCAAGCCCCGGCCGCAGCCAACUCUGUAGUUAGAGACGUCGUCAGCGUUCUGCUUACUCUCGUGCUGUCUUGGA